AUGGUGCACAAGUACCAGUCUCCUGUUCGCAUCUACAAAUAUCCAUUUGAGCUGGUCAUGGCGGCCUACGAGAAGCGCUUCCCCACCUGCCCGCAGAUCCCGGUCUUCCUGGGCAGCGAGGUCCUGCGCGAGUCCCGGAGCCCCGACGGGGCGCUGCACGUGGUGGAGCGCAGCUGCCGGCUGCGGGUUGACGCCCCGGCUGUCCUCCCCUCGCAGAUCGCGGGCGUGGAGCACGUGGUCUUCGUGCAGAGAAACGUUCUGAACUGGAAGGAGAGGACGCUCCUCAUCGAAGCGCACAACGAGACCUUCGCCAGCCGCGUGGCGGUCAAGGAGACCUGCAGCUACACCGUCCACCCUGAGAACGAAGACUGGACAUGCUUUGAGCAGUCCGCCUCGCUGGACAUCCGGUCUUUCUUUGGCUUUGAAAAUACCUUGGAGAAGAUUGCCAUGAAGCAGUACACCGCCAGUGUCAAGCGGGGGAAAGAGGUGAUCGAACAUUACCUGAACGAGCUCAUCUCCCAGGGCACCUCUCACAUUCCCCGCUGGACACCUGCCCCGGUCUGCGAGGAUGACGUCAGCAGCCAGGGUGGGCUGCGGGACCCUGGCUCCCUGGAGGCCGACAGGCCCAGCAGCAUCCAAAGCCCUGCUCUGGAGACGAUCACUACAGACGGAGACAAGCUGGAUGUGGACUACAUUGAGAGGUGCCUGGGCCAUCUCACACCCAUGCAGGAGAGCUGCCUCAUCCAGCUUCGGCACUGGUUACUGGAGAACCACAGAGGCAAGAUUCCCAAAGAUGAGCACAUCCUUCGGUUCCUGCGGGCUUGUGACUUCCACCUGGACAAGGCCCGGGAAAUGCUGUGCCAGUCCUUGAGCUGGCGGAAGCAGUACCAGGUGGAUCUCCUCCUUCAGACCUGGCAACCCCCUGCCGUCUUGGAGGAGUUCUAUGCAGGGGGCUGGCAUUACCAGGACAUAGACGGCCGCCCCCUCUACAUCCUUCGCUUGGGCCAGAUGGACACCAAAGGCUUGAUGAAGGCCGUGGGGGAGGAGGCACUGCUGCGGCACGUUCUUUCCGUUAACGAGGAAGGACAGAAGCGAUGUGAAGGGAACACAAAACAGUUUGGCCGUCCCAUCAGGCAAGAACCUGCGUGGGGAGCCAACUCCCCCAAACACACUUCCCGAUUGGCCACAGCAGAUGGGAGCCAGAGGGCUGGGAGCCAGGUUGCUCACAGAGAGUGGCUGUGCACCCACCGGAUCAGCCCCUUCAUCAACGAGAACACCCGGCGGAAGUUCCUUGUCUGUGGCGGCAGCAGUUACCAGGGCCCCGGAGGCCUUGUCGACUACCUGGAUGAGGAAGUGAUCCCUGACUUCCUUGGGGGACAGAGCGUGUGUAACGUCCCCGAAGGAGGGCUGGUCCCCAAGUCGCUUUAUCUGGCGGAAGAGGAGCAGGAGCAUGCAGACCAGCUGCGGCUGUGGAGUGAGACCUACCACUCGGCCAGUGUGCUCCGCGGGGCCCCCCACGAGGUGACGGUGGAGAUUCUGGAAAGGGACUCAGUCAUCACGUGGGACUUCGACAUCCUGCGAGGAGACGUGGUGUUCAGCCUGUACCACACCAAGCAGGUGCCCAGACCAGGCCCCUGGCAAACUGGGGCCAGGGCUGGUGGGCAGCUGAUCGACAGCGCCUGGGUCCUGGGCAGGGACUACAGCCGUGUGGAGGCUCCCCUCGUCUGCCGGGAAGGGGAGAGCAUCCAGGGCUCCCAUGUGACCCGGUGGCCUGGGGUCUACAUACUCCAGUGGCAGACGCAUGGUUCCUCUGGCAGUGUGUCCUGCAGCCUCCCAGGCGUGGAGGAUGUCCUAACGGCUCUGCAUAGCCCUGGCCCCAAGUGCAAACUCCUCUACUACUAUGAGGUGCUGGCGUCCGAGGACUUCAGGGGCUCCAUGUCCAGCCUGGAAUCCUGUACCAGCGGCUUCUCCCAGCUCAGCGCUGCCACCUACUCGUCCUCUGGCCAGUCCCAUAGCAGUUCCCUGGUCUCCAGAUAGCCUGGUCUGAGCCCUGCACAGCAUCCCACUUGCCUCCUGCCGCUGGAAGUGUCCAGAAUAAGAAGCCAGCUUGCCACGAGGACCAGGAAUGUGUGGGCUGGAGCCCCAGGUCUAGAUGCUGCCAAAGUUGGGGUGUCUGGAGCAAGUGGCAAGGAUCCAGCUCAUGGCCUGAGUGUGGCACAAGCCUCGAGGUCAGGACUUUCGAGGUGGCAACAACAGACUUCUUGUAAGGAAAGACCAAGGGAUGUGACCAUCUUCGGGUCUCCCUGGAUCUAGGGCUCAGUGAUAUCAGC